GCCCUUUGUCUAUAUUGCCGCCAGAGAAGGUCUCCAAAGAAGAAGAAAAAAUUGCAUUGAAACCAUUGUUAAACCUUCGUUUCAAGUUAAAGUCAUAUAGAAACAUAAAUUGCAAUAGAAAAAAAAAAGGAAUUGGAGCAUAUCUAAGACGGAAAGCCCUCAGUGUAUUUGUAUACAUAGUACGUGGAACGUGCUACCCUAUGCUUUUUUAGAAGUUUUUUAUUCACAUUUACAUCUUGUCUAAAAAAAGAUUCUGAAUUCGCUAGGAUCAGUUUUUCUUGCUUAUUUGUUCAUUCGGGAAUUGAAAACUUGUUAGAGGACUUCCGUUGGCAUUGAGAAAUAAUUGAUUUAUUGGCUUGAAUCUCAUACAUUUUCCUAUUUUCGUCCUGCCUCUUAAGUAUCCGUCGGAAAAGGUAACUAUCUUUCUCUUUGGUCAUCGUAACAUUUGGUUUUCCUUUUACACUUGUGCUGCUCAAUUUCAGAUUGUAAACAUUUCUGGCUAAAAUAUAACUGUUUGUUUCUUAUUGAGCCUUUUUUUUUUCAUACACGUGCUUAUACUCCUGAAUUAAAAGUUCGUUAGACGACAGCUCUUCCUGGAGUCAACACAUUGAUCUUUUAAUUUCUCGUAUAGCUUGGCUGGAUAAAAAAAAAAAAAAACCAAAGAAUCUGUGUUAAUUAAUUGCCCUUCCCCUUGUUCGUUUGCGACCUUCCCCUAUUGUCUUAAAAAGCCCCUUAUAGUUAAACAACCUCGCUUUUUGGAAUUUUACUGGUAUUUUUUUUUAUUAUUCCUUUCCUAUCUGUCUGUAACCAUUGCAUUCGUUUUUCUUUUGUUUCUGGCUUCUCCUAUUUCGGCUCGUUACCCUUUGUUUAUUUUCCGCUAAUUUCUUUCUUAUUUUUUCGCAUCUAUUUAUUUUUUUGAUUAUUAAGCUACUUAUCCUAACUUUCCUUUGAUUAAUUAACUACAAAAUGAGAGAAUCCAAUGUGAGCGUUGUUUGGAAUAAUAGAGCCUCUGUCACUAUCAACACGGUUUUGUAUGACCGUCGUGCUCUUGAUUGUGAUUCAGAAAUGGCUCUUAUGAAUUCCUUGAGUCAUCUCGCAUACUUAACAUCUACUUCACCCAAAAUCCGAGAAAUUCUUACUAUAGACGGUGGCUUGGUCCGAUUAAUGAAUAUUUUGCGAGCUGGAAGAGGACAAACGUUUGCUCGUAUGACUAUCUGGCAACUUGCCUUGCAGUGUGUCGUUAAUGUCGGUAUCCGGGGCUCAGAAGCUAUCAGAAUUCGCGUAGUUGAAGCAGGAAUCGUUCCUAUUGUUGUAACACUCUUGGAUGACUUUUUGUUUGCUCUUGAAUCUGUGGUUCCUUCUACUAACCGGACAGCAAGUACUUUUACGUCUGUAUCUACGCCGCCUCCAAACAACUCUUUAGCCCCAUUAGACUCAAACUCGAUGGAUGCGAUUACUGAAAAUAACUCUCCUUUAAAUUCGUUAUACGUUGGCGGUGAUUUGUCUUCUCCUUACCCGAACAAUAUUUCUGGACGGAGGAACGUCGCCGUUGAAGUUAGAGACAGUAACGAAUUUCAAAAUCGAAAUCGUUCAACUAAUCGUGAAGAUAAUGGGAGAGAAUUUGCAGAUACUGGUUCUUCACAGGGUCACUCUGCUGUCUAUUCUCAGGACGCAUAUGGCGAUUCUCAAGUCCAGUCUCCUUUUACUAUUCAAAGAUUACCGUCUUCAGCCUCAAGUACCUCCUUUUCCAACGAAAAUAUAAAUCCUGUUUCAUCCCCUUCCCCUUCCUCUCCAAGUAUGUCCCAAAAUGGAGUUGCUUCCAGGGAUAGUUCCAAUUCGGAUACCGCUCCUUCUGACCGCCCUAACUCUUUAAAUCUCUUCACACCUUUACCUGUAAAUCCUUUAAAUACGGUCCAGGAGGCUUCUCGUGUAUCAGAUCAAUUAUCUAUGUCUAUAGCUCAGCAGCAAGCGAUAAUUCGUCGUCGUCGCGCUCAGCGGGCAAUUUCUAUUCCUACUCCCUUAGUAUUAUUUGAAGCACGAAGGCUCGAGAAUACUGCAGAUUUUCAAGGAAUCACUUCAUUUUUUGAUAAUUUCGACAAAAAAAUCAAUAAACUUCCUAGGGAGGAAGAUAUACUUUACGGGUUGCAAAUCUUGGCUUAUACGAGUAAAAAUUACUUUCACCUACGGCCUCAUUUUGAGAUAUCCAAAGACGUGCCUAGCUUACGUAUGUCGCCGUUGCGCAGCGGGAACAAAGUUUGGAAUACCUUUCAACUGGUUGAGCAGUUCACCUUAAAGUUUUACCCGCCACAAAUUCAAUACUGGGCCAGAGCUAUAAUGAACAACUACUGCCGAAAGGAUGAGAGUCGUGGAGGAAUUCGUCGUUGCGCAAGUUUGCAAUGUAAUAAAUGGGAAGAACACAGCCGUCAAUUUGCCAAAUGCAGGCGUUGUCGUCGUACUAAAUAUUGCAGUAAAGAAUGCCAACAGCAAGCUUGGCCUGGACAUAGUCGAUGGUGUCGUGUUAUACACAAAGAUGCUCGGUCUUCUAGGCGAGAGGUUGGAAAGCAACUUUCGCAAGUACCGGGAGCGGGAGUAGAAUCAGGACCCGUUGCAACAAACUCUGGUGUAGGGAUACAUAGUAAUACGCCAGAAGCUUCUGAAUCCAAUUCGUCAACCGCAACUGCACAAAAUUCCAAUAUAUAAAAUCUUUCGUUAUCGCUUCUAGAAAUUCUCUACAUCCAACGACAAUCCGUGCAUACCGACAGGUCUUUAAUAUUGUCUCCAGCAAAAACUAAAAAUCUGCCAAUUUAGAUCUCUCAAAUUAUUUUUAUUGGAUGAAAAUAUCUGCUGCUAAUGAUUUAUUCUAUCUCACUUUUGGGGUUACACAGAUUACUGCUUUUACUUAGUUCACAUUAAUGUCUACUAUGGCUUCCUUAAACGUAAUAUUUCUCUAAUUUUUUAUUAGUAUUUAAAGUCCAUGAUCAUGUUAUAUUAAUAAUUUUCAAUAUUGU